UGUCGAGCGGUGCAGCCAUCAUACUAGUUCCGCGCGUACGGAAGUAUGAGCCGGGAUCCUUCAGGCUUCAUGGUGCCGAGCGCGCACGGCGCCGGUGUUGAUCCCCUCCUCCGGGCUGAAUGGAUCCCGGACGGCAACGGAGGCGGCAUUACGAGGUGGAAGGAUGCACCGCCGGACACCUUGAUUCCAUGCACCGCGAAGCAGAUAAAAGACAUGGGCACAGGGAUCAUUGACGCGUCGAACUAUCUCACUGCAACGGGCGUGGAGGUGACUACGGUCAGGCUGCUAGGAAAAAUGGUGAAUAAGCAAGUGUCUGAUAACUCCGUCUUCUUCACCCUGGCCGACGGGACGGGUUGCGUCAAGGCACGCGUCUGGUUCGAGAACGACAUCGAUGUCAUGUGUUCAGCGAGCAUCAGGUAACCAAAACAGCGAGUGUGAUUGUGGGCUAAUUCUCUAUGGAUCCAAAAACAUGCAGAUUGAUUAAGUUUGUGGAUGUCAUUGUUCGUGCCUUUCUAUCAAACCAAAAGUGAUGGCGUGUACGUCAAAUUAACCGGUCGCUUGCGUGCCGAGCUCGGCCUGCCCGUAGUUGCAGCCUAUUCAUUGAGGUUAGCAUGACUUGUAAGUUGUUAUGGUAGUGCUAUCAUAUUGAAACCAUGUGUUCGUGAUUAUUAACCCCGCUUCAGUGUGGU